CGAGAGACUCUCUCGAGCUACACUACUUCCGUUAAGCUUACGGGUGCUUAACAAACCGUUACAACCUGAGAACUCGAGUCCCACGAGCCUCAACAACCUUGCUCGGAGAUACCGCACUCCAAGACUUCAACCCGAAGGAAAAUACCUUUCCUUCGUACAACCAAGGGAAACAAGCUUCCCUUAACGUGUAUACAACACUAAGACACUCAAGAACAAGACUCUCCUUAAGAGUGGAUAUGAAACGGUUGUAGCGGUUACCAGUUCAGAUUCAAGAUCUCAUUCUUGACGAGGAUGUCAGAAGAAAGAGUUCAAGGGAGUCAUCUGGUGGAUUGCUUCAUGUUGGUAGAGGCAGAAGGAAUAGCAGAGGAGGUCACUCGGACUAGCUGUGAGGAAAGCAAUGUGGAUUCCUGGGUCAUGGAUUCUGGUGCUUCAUUUCAUGCCACCCACAGCGGUGAAGCAUUGCAGAAUCUGGUUAUUAAAGACUUUGGAAAGGUACGACUUGCGGACGAUAGAGCUCUUGAGGUGACAGGCAUGGGUGACAUGGUGUUGAAGACCGUGGUUGAUUUCAGAACUUUGAAGGAUGUCAGAGUGGUUCCAGCCUUGAAGAAAACUUUGAUUUCUGUCAGGGAGUUGGAUGAACAAGAACAUGAGGUGAAGUUCAGAGAUGGGCAGCGGAAGGUAGUGAAGGGAAAUCUUGUCAUGGCCCGCGAAGGGAAGAAAGGUUAUGAUGAUUGGAAGAUCAUGAUGGAAGCACACCUUUACGCUCUACAUGAUUGCAUGUGGAUGGUGCUUGAAGAUGGACCCUUGAAAAUCCAAAUGGAGAACCCUGAGAGGAAUCCAGCCAAUCCUGAUGUUGUCCAGUACAUUCCAAAGCCCAAGGAGAAAUGGGAUGAUAGAGAUUGCAAGAAGCACAAUCUGGAGAACGUCGCCAAAGCAGGCAUCUUCAAGACACUUGAUCCCAUCACCUUCUUCAAGAUCAAGCAUCUCAAGACUGCCAUGGAGAUUUGGCAAGGUCUUGGGAAGCAGUGUGAGGGAUCGGAGGACCUGAGAAAGCAGAAGAUAGAGGUCCUACUUGAGAAGUUCAAAAGCUUCAAAAUGCUUCCCGGAGAAUCAUUUGAUAUGUUGGAUGAAAGAUUCCACAAAAUCUUAAAUGAUCUUGCAUCACUUAACCACGUUCUUUCUCCCAAAGAAAAGAAUGUAAGGUUACUGAGAUCUCUUCCAACUAAGUGGUACACCAAAGCCACAGCCAUGGAAGAAGGAAGAAACCUUGAGAACUACACUAUCCAAGGUCUCCUUGAUGAGCUUAGAACCUAUGAGCAUGAGCUGAUGAAGAAGAAGGAAGAACAAGUCACUCUCUUCCCCACGGCAUUGAUGACAACUCCUAGAGUCCCACCAAGUGAAGGGACAUGCCCAAGGAACUGUGACAUACCUUCCUCCAGCCAGCCGCCAAGCUCAAAAAUGGAGAACUAUGAUGAGGAAUUUACCAUGAUGGUCAAACAAUUCCGGAAGUUCAAGAAGUUCUUCAAGAAAGCUGACUCAGUCAGAAGGCCAUCCAAGGGAAAGCCACAGGUAAGUGACUCCCUUCCUGAAUCUUAUUUGUGUUAUAACUGCAGGAAACCUGGUCAUUGGAAGUCAGUGUGCCCGUACCCAAAGGUGGAGAAGUACGGAGAAAGAGAAAGGAACGAAAAGAAGAAGAAAGCAAUGGUUGCAGCUGAAAGUGACGAGUCAUCCAGCUCAAGCUCGGAUAAAGAAGCCCUCGUCUGCAUAGAGCGCAGAGCUGAGAAGUCCAACCAUGAGGAUCAGUGGACUAUGUCAGAAGAUGACACCCUCUGGCUAAUGGCCAAAGAUGAUGUUGAUCAAGAGCUGCGUGUUGGUGUAUAUUCCCGUGUUCUCUUCAUCGUCUUCGACGUGUAUUCUCUCUAAUGAAUCUGCAAGAUCAUCACAAAUAUCCUUUCUCGCCAAGCGAGGAUUAUCU